AUACUUAUAGCUUCAUAGCAAAAAAAGAAAUAGAUUGGAGCAACGUCGUCUCAAUGAUUUAGUAUUUGUCAAAUAUAAUAGAACAUUGAGAUUUAGGUAUGACAUGCGCAACACUCUUGAUCCCAUAUCUUUGCAAAAUAUUGAUGAAAGCAAUGAGUGGUUGCUUGGGAGGAUGGAUGGAGAAUCAGAUGAAGAUAAUGAGCCUGUGUUUAAUGAUGAUGAUGGCUUGACGUGGGCCACUGUUGCUAGAGCUUCUGGAGUAGAAGAAAGUAGCCAUGCAAGUAGAGCAACAAGUUCACGCUCAAAGGCACAACCGAGGAUAUCUAAAUCAUCAACAUUGACUCCACUUCAAUUAAUAGAUGAAGAGGAAGCGGGCUCAGAUGACACAGAGGAGGAAGAUGUUGAGGGAUACAAAUCAACUGAUGGAGAAGAAGAUGAUAGUUUGCUUGCCAUUGAUGUUGAGGAUAAUGAUUGACUGACACCGACCUAACCUACCCUUUCUUUUGAUAUUGAUGUUUUCAAGUGUUAAGACA